AACUUAUUUGUAUUUGUUGCAUCUGUGGGAAUUUGAUAAAGCGAUUAUGUUUUUUUUAUCAAAACUAUUAAUUGAUAAACAAAGUAUUUAGGAAUUAUGACUGUGCGCGGUAUUGAGGCCUUGAAAUUGUACUUUCCGCCACCAACAAACAAAUCUCAAAUUGAUGCAAAUAUAAGAGAAGAAAUAGGUCGUGAAACAAAGAAAAUCGUACAGGAAGAUACGAUGACUUCUGUCGAAAGAUACAGGCAAGAAUGGUGCCAAUUACUAAAUUAUUUAGAUGAAAAUCCUGAAACCGUAAAGGAGCACGCCUUCAAGGGUGAUUUGAAAAUAUCGAAAUUUCGGAGCGUUUACUGGGCUUUGUUGUUGCGAGUCUUGAAUACAGAUCACAGAUCCUGGCAGCAGCAAAGAGAACAACAAAGAAAACGUUAUGCACAGCUAGAGAAGGAAUUUGUUAAGAAUCCACAUGACAUGAAUUUAUCAAAUGAUGAUCCAUUAUCACAAUCCACACAAAGUGUCUGGAAUCAAUAUUUUAGCGAUCAAGAAUUAUUUACAGUGAUACGUCAAGAUGUUAUUCGCACUUUUCCAGGUGUAGAUUUCUUUCGUAAAUCCAUUAUUCAGAAUGCUAUGAGUAAUAUCUUAUUUUACUUUGCCCGCGUACAUCCUUAUAUGGCUUACCGCCAAGGCAUGCAUGAAAUUUUAGCGCCAAUACUAUUCGUGAUGUACGGAGACCAUCAAUCUCUGCUACAUUUUAUUGAAAUAUCCAAAGGAGAAAUAAAUGCCACACUUUUGGAUGUUGCCAAUCCAGAUUUCUUGGAAGCAGAUUCAUAUUCCAUAUUCUCACGUUUAAUGUCUUCAAUUGAAUCAUAUUAUCGUAUUACACAUUCCUUUCAACCUGAAACCAGCUACUUACAACUUCAGCAAGACAGCUGCGGUCCGAACUCAACGGAAGUGGAAGUUAUUGGUCAAUUAAACUUUAUACGAGACAAAAUAUUAGCUAAGGAAGAUUUACACUUACAUAAUUAUUUACUUAAACUGGAAAUACCAUUGCAUAUCUUUGGCAUACGUUGGUUACGUUUGCUGUUUGGACGAGAAUUCCCUCUGCUUGAUUUAUUGGUGCUUUGGGACGCUAUAUUUGCGGAUAGCGAUCGUUUUGAAUUACCGAAUUAUAUAUUAGUAGCGAUGCUUAUUCGCAUACGUGAUAAAUUACUUCUCAGCGAUUAUACCACUUGCCUGACUUAUCUUAUGCGUUAUCCAACGAAUGUGGACGUUAAUUUGAUACUUCAACAUGCACUACAUAUGCAAAUGCCCAAGAAAUUUGAAAGGCCACAAAAUGCUUUCAUUUAUUUUACCAUACCAUCUGCCACGAAAAACAAGCAAGGCAAUCCAGCAGGAUUGCCAAGGCAAUCGGCUGCAACAGGUGAUGAAAAAAUAUCAAAAUAUAUGGAUUCUCAAGAAGAGAAACGCACGCGUGCGCGAACUACAUCUGUAAGCAAUGCGUUACGAUUGGAGCAGCGAAUAGCAGAAUUACAAGCCAGAAAUGCUGCUGAUGCUGCAACUAUAGCAAGAUUAGCCACUAGUGCAGACUCUAAUCGCAUUAUAAUGGAUGGUCUUUCCAAAAAUAGUCCUGAAGUCCUUCAAUUAGAAUUAAAAAACGCUCGAACUGUUAUCGCAAUCGCGCAUAGCAAGUUACAACUGUAUUUGGACACAGUGCGCAAACACUUAACGAAUCAAAACAAUAUUGAAUUAAAUCAAGCGCUCGACGGUAUCGAAGAGCUUUGCAGUUUUCUGGAUAUCAAAUUCAUGUUUCCAUUGCACGGACGUACGAUCCCAAUUGACAAAGCGACGGAAGCCAAUGAAGCAAAAAGCGCCAUAAACUUUUCAUCUGAGAAUGUGCCACCAAAUUAUGAAAACCAAGCAGUUCUAACGAAUUUUGAAAACGGUAUGCAGGGAACGGUCAACAGCAGCGCAAGCAAUCCAAGUUCUGGAGAACAAACCAAUAAUUCAACAGGAGGCAAAUUAACCAAAUAUGAGAGACCAGACAAUAGUUUUAUGUUGCGUUCGAACCGAAUUUUGGGUCCCGUAAAAGAUAUUGAAUUAAUCACAAUUGCAAGUGUGGAGAAAAUUGUGGACCAACAGUUAGGUGAUUCCCCUAAAGGCUGUUGCGAAUUACUACAACAGCAAAAAGACAAAUAGUAAAUUGUCUAUAAUUUUUAAAACUUUAUUAUCUAAUUUGACUGAUUUUUAGCAAUAAACCUUUUUAGAGCAGAGUAUUUUUUAGAUUGUAUUCCUGUUUAAACAUUAAAAUAAUGAUAGGUCAGAACUUAAUUCGUAAACAAAUAUACAAGAAUUCUGUAUUUAUGUAUGAAUGCAUAUAUACACUUUUAAUAGUAUCAAAAAUAAAUAUAAU